AAGACACCCCACGUAACGGUGGGCCCGGACUGGUGGCGGGCCCACCUCGCGAUGUCUGGCGCCUCGGGAGGGUCGAGGGGGUGAUCCGUGCCUCUAUAAAUAGCGGCCGUUUCCUCAUCGUUCUUCCCUUUUCCCCAAUUCUCUACUCGCCCUCCUUAGUUUCCUGGAAAUUCUGCGGCGGUUUUUCCUAGUGGUGGAAGGCUGCAACUGCAAAGCGAGGAGAUGCUGUCCGUGCAGGAAGCGCUUGACCUUGACUUCGCUGCCGCGUCGUCCAGCUGCGGCGCGCGGGACAUGGGCAUGGACAUUAUCACGUGCGGGUUCACGCCGUGGGGGCCCGACUCGUGCCCUAGCCUGGACCAGGUGAUGGCGUCGAGGACGGCGCCGCCGGCGCGGGAGGAGGAGGACGAGGAGGAGGAGCGGCGGCAGCGGCGCAAGGAGUCGAACCGGCUGUCGGCGCGGCGGUCGCGCGAGCGCAAGCAGCAGCGGCUGGAGGAGCUCCGCGGCACGGCGGCGCGGCUCCGCGCCGAGAAGCAGGCGCUGGAGGAGCGGCAGCGGGCCCUGGCGCGGAACGGCGUCGCGGUGUGCCGCCAGAACGCGCGGCUCCGCGCCGAGGCCGCCGCGCUCGCGCGCCGCCUCCGCGAGGCGCGUAGGCUCCUCGCGCUGCGCCGGAUCGUCGCGGGGCACGCCCUUUCCCCGGCGAUGAUGAUGCCGCCGCCGCUGCAGCACCAGCAGGCCGCCGGUGUCGCGCCCCUGGGGCUCGCCUCGCUCAUGACGUAGGAGGAGCGCCGGCAUGGCGGCAUGGCACGGACUCCGAUCCUCGAUCGAUCCUUUCGCCUCUCAUCCGAUUCUCUCGGUCACGGGUGAAGUUUUGGCACGGACGGACGGGGCUGUCGCGAGCACGUUGUGGCGAACGAAGGUGAAAUGGUCUGGGGCGGGAGUGCGGGACACACACUACUAGUGCUAGUACUAGGCUGCAUGCUAUCCUGCUAGUAUACUACUACUACCAAGUACAGCUAAACGGGUCCCGUGUUGACGUGUCGAUCAGUUGCAUGAUCAGGUGCUACUGCUACAUGGAUCUUGAUGUAAAUUAAAGUGAAAAAAAAUAUUUCACCGGGGCCGAGCCACUCACCCAACGAUCUUGAUGCAAAUUUAUUUCACGUCGCCGCUGCCCG